UCAGGUGUUCCUUUACUAGAAUUGCCGAGCCGUCGUUUGCUUCUCCGCUGGAAUUUAUAAGUUUUUCCAGGUGUGUUCCGAGCUACUGCAUUCAGAGCACACCGUGUGGUCUUUUGGUAAAGGGCAGUUAUUGGUGGUGUGUUCCUCAAGAGAGUAGCACCUCAUACAGGUGAGGAUUGGAAAAAAGUCAUCUAUUUUGAUAUUGUGUGAAGGAAUGCUCAUAUGGAAAGCGAGCAUUCCUCUAUCUGUGGCCAGAAAACGACCAGACACUGAACACCAUCCGCUCAACAUCGACCUUGGAAGGGAGGACGGUAAAUCUCGCGAUCCUGGAACCCCGCAUGAAAACAACGAAAGGUGUUCUGAUGGGCUUCCCCCUGGGGCUUCCAGUGAGCAUCAUCUCCCAGCAACCGAAGGUAGUCACUGCCACCCGCUGCACCUACAGGGAUCAGGAAACGAGGCAAGUGAUCAUAGAGUGCGACGGUCCCCUCCCCGGACACCUGGAUCUACAGAUAUGGGGAACUUUUUACAUACGCCCCUACACCCCGGAACCUCUCAGGUGCUACCAGUGCCAGGCUUUCGGCCACGGUCGGAGCCAGUGCAAGAACAGUCCUCGCUGCGGCAUCUGCGGCAGCGAUCACGACACGAACCAAUGUCUCCAGCGCUUCAAGGCAAAGGAAACCGUGACGAACAAGUGCCCGAACUGCGGAGGGAGUCACCACGCUUGGAACAAAGCCUGCCCAGAAAGGCGCCGCAAGAUUCAAGAGGGAAUCAACACCCAGAUAGACUGGGUUCAGAAACAUUGUCAGGCUCCUCCAGGAACCUUUGUCUGGGGUACUCAGAGGAACGCCGACCUGCGUGCUCCUCCGCAACAAUUGAAUGCAGCAGACUUCCCGGUCCUGCAAACCAGCAACCACCAAGCCUCUCUUCCAGCACCACGAGCUCCCGCUCCCGCAUCUCCAUCAGCCCGGCCUCCACCGUCACAAGAACCGACAAUCACUCUCACCACGACAUCUCUGAAAAGCCUCCUCACCGACUUCGCCAUGUCCCUGUCCCAAAUCCUGAAACAAGACAUAGAUCAAGACAAACUCGUCGCGGCCGUGACCAGCGCAGUCAGAAACCACACCACAGUGCCACAAGCAGAUCCCCAGACUACCACACCCUCCACCAAGCCAAAGAAGCACACAGCAUCACCAGAAACGACAACCUCGCCCACUCGCCCGCACCGACAAUCCAGCAACCAGCAGCACCAUCAAGCCCUCCACAACCAGCAACAAAGACCAGGACUCAGGAAUGGCAAUGGAUGUGUCAACCGACAACAGCAAGAUGCCAUCGAGCCACGACAACCCCAGCUACCAGACACAGGAAACCACCACACUCCCCUCGAGCAACACGGUUCCCGUCCGCUGCGCAUCUUGCAAUGGAACAUCCAAGGUGCCAAAUUGAAGCUUCACCUCCUCCAGGAAGCAGCCAAAACAGACCUGGUUGAUGUUUUCCUUCUACAAGAAACACUUACCACAGAAGACCAUCAGCUUCGUCUCAGGAGAUACAACACCUACAGCAUCCCCCGAAUACCAGGAGUGACGAGUCAAUGUUUGUGGUAUCAUCUGGCUGCAGAUCAAAGCUUCAUCAAUGUGAUGUCUCACCCGCUUGAGCUGCCUUGGAACGUGCCCAUGGUCACACACUAUGCAGAAUAUGGCCCCUGA